AUGACCGAGGUAUAUGUUUCUUUGUUCGAGAAUUUAGAUUCUUCGGAGAAUAAGAGAGAGUCUUUAAUUAGCUGGACUACGGAUUCUUUAUCAUCUAAGGCGGGAAAUGCCUCGUUUAUUGUCGAUGAUGUGGUGAAGUUUAUGAAAAAGUUGGUUGUUUCAGAAGGAACUGAUAUUGAACAGUAUGAAUCGAAAGUCUUGGCGUACCAAUUGUCUCAUGUUAUAACAUUAUGUUUAAAAGAGUUAUACACUGAAGAGCCUAGUAAGGUGUAUGAUAUUUCAACUUUAGCAGCAAACAUUUUGGCUGAACGAUUUGAGGAAGUUGUAGAUGACCCAUCGCUGAAGAAGAAAUUCAAAAAGCAUAAGAGCACUCAUGUAUAUUCCGUCGUGAAGGAUUAUGCACUAACAUUACUUUGCAGUCUUUAUGAGAACUUUUCUCAUGAUUUAAAAUCAUUAAGCCCUUUGGUGCUUUCUGUGCUUUUCAAAGAUCUUAAGAAAUGUCUAGAUAAAUCAAAAUACUUCAAUUCAAAUUAUAUAAUCUCAUUAAUGAGAUUAUUUCAAGCUAUAAGUUCUUUAAGUUCCGAAAUUGUUGUUGAAACUCAAUACGUUCAAAAAUUCAUGAAGUUGUCAAAGGAAGUAAUUUCUGAUGUGAAAGAAGGGAAAUACGAUUAUCCUGUUGACUUUAUUACAGCUAUAAUUGAAUCUUUUCCUUGUUAUUUUUGUGGUUCUCAAUUCCUCUCUGUUCACAAAAGUGAUAUUUUGAAAACACUAUAUUACAAGUUGUCUGAGUAUAUUAAUUAUAGUUGCGGAGUUUCACCAUUGAGGAUACCAUUGGCGAAAACUUUGGCUGAAAUAUUACAUUUUUAUGUGAAGUCUGACGUUAUUAAAAUGGAAAAUGUUCUUGAGUUUUAUGGAAAUAUAAUUAGUGAAAUGAAUGAUAGGGUUGCUGUUGUAGCUGUUAUUCAUUCUGUUCAUCAGUUUCUUUGUGUUAAUUUGUGUGAUGAGACUGACUUUAAUUUUUCUGUUGAAACAGAGUUGUUAGGUGGUGAUGGUUAUCUCGUCUUUUUGGAUUCUUUUUUCCCUCAUUUGAAGUUCAAUAGAGAAGUCAGGGAUCAUGAUUAUAUUGAAGCCUGUAAUAUCAUGCAUAAACAGGUAUUACCAUUUUUAUCUGAUGGUGCUAGAGGUGAGAUAAUUAGGAAAGUGUUGAAUAAUACCAGUUAUUACUUUUCUCCUGAAAGAGUUGAUAGAACGUUGUUAUACAUGGACUUUAUUUCCUUGUUGUUAGAAGAUAGUCCAUCUAGUGUAAGGACAGAUGAUGAUUUAAUUUCGAAAAUUAUUUCAGAGUUUACUGUUUUGUGUUCAUCUAAGUUGUUGCCAUUAAGAAUAAAAGCAGUAGAAUGCUUGAAACGAUUUAUUAUGAAUAUUCCAUAUAUUAUUAGAAAGAUGGUUGAAGAUAUUAUUGACAAGUUGUCUGUUCAAUUCGAGUUAGAGAAAGGAUUCAAUUUUGCAGAAAAUCAUGGUUUGGCACUACUUCUUGCUUCCAUUAUAGUUCCUGAAGAUGAAGGUUUCAUAUCACCAGAUUUAAUUAUUAAAGUCACCGGUUUUGCUAUUGGUACUUUAAAAAGUAAUUCACUGUCUACCAAACCUUUACUUUAUGAAAAGGAACUUUUAUGUUGGAUUUUGCUUACUGGGUGUUUAUGUUAUCAAGAUUCGGAAUACACGAAGAUACACUCUUCUCAGUUGUUUAUAUUUUGGAGAAAUAUAUUGACACACACUGCUGUUUUUCAUAAUGAUGAAGAACUAUUGAAAAACAUAGAGAUUAGGAAUCAUUCUUUGUCUUGUAUGAUAUCAUUUUUGCGCUCUAAUGAAUUGAAUGAAGAUGUUGCCAAACAGAUAUUUUAUUUGAUGUCGAAGUGUAUGAAUUUUAAGCAUUCCUUAGUGUUCGAGAAUAAGUUAUUAUCUGAGAGUGUGUCUCGAUAUGAACAUCGUAUCUACCAAGUGUUUUUAUUAAUUUGUCCUCUAGUGCACAAAGAUGUUAGCACAUCUGCUCUUCUACCAGCUAUUAGAAAUUUUAGCAAUCCUGUUUCUGCUGGAAAGAAUGUUGAUUUGAAUUUAUUUGAAAAAAAUAUUAUAAAAUCUGGCGGCAUUGAUGUUUCAAAAGACAGUAUUUUGACAGUUUUAUGUGAUAAAAAUAGUGGGGAUAUUGGUCUUUCAACUCUUGUCGUUCCUUGUGUUUCGUGUUCUAUGUGUUCUUUGUCAUUGUUCGAAGAAUUAUGUCUAAAAGCUAUUCCAAGGUCAAGAAGUUUUGACUACUCGCAUAUUAUUUUGGAUAUUGGUGCUCCACCUCCUUUAAAUGUGGCUUUAGUUGAUGUUUCUUUGGAGUUAUUCUCACUUUGCUUUCCAUAUACUAAUACUUCUGUUCAGAGGUCUUUGUUGGAGACAUUGAAUUCUAAUUUAUUGACUAAUAAACAUAUACCUUCAAGGCGUGCAAUUAUUAAAGCAAAUAUACUUUUCAGUCUCCAUUUGACAUUGAAUGAAAUUCAGAAAGCGGCGUUGGCAUUGGACCCUAAAAUAGCUGAAUUAUUAAUGAUUAUUAUGGAGGAAUGUUCGUUUGCCGAUGACGACCAUCUUUAUGAUAUAAAAAGUCGAAUUGCAUCUUUCAUAUGUGCUGCAGUUAAACGUUCUGGUAAUCAGGAAUUUGGUGUUGAUACGGUUAAUAUUCUUAUUAAUCGAAUAGUGGAGAAGGAAGAACCUAUUUUACGUGGAAUGAACUUUAAUAUGGUAUGUGAAAUAUUUAAAGAUGAUCCUACUUCAGGAAAUCUUAAUGUGAUUAUGGAUAUUGUUGAACAGUUCCUUAAAGAUAAACACCCGGUUAUCCAUACCUCUGGUUUAAAUAGUUUAAUCAUACUUUUAAUGAGAAGGUAUUAUAAUGAUAAAUUAAAAAUUGGUAAAGUGAUGGAUAUUUUAUUUAAUAUGGUAUUCUCGAAUGAUUAUGAACCAGGUAGUGUAUCUGGAUUUGGUAACAGUUAUAACAGUGAGUUUAAUAUGCUGCUUGGUGUUGGAAACGCUUUGAAAGCGCUGACUGAAGUUAUUGGACCAGAUCUUCGGAAUAUUAGGGUAAAAUUUAAAGCAGUGCUGUCAUCACUUAAUAUGUGUCCGUGUUCUGAUGUUCAGGCAGUUUCAUUAAAGAUAAGUGAAUUAGUAUCCAUGUUCAAGAUGGAAACAUUAUUUAACUUUAAAAUGUCGAUGUUGAUUGUGAGGUCGUUAAUUUUGUCAUUUUUGAAGAGAGGUAUGCCUAGGUCAGGUUUUAAGGUUUCGGUGGAAUAUUUAUUGGAAAUGGGCAAUUAUGAAGAUGUCGUUUUAAAUCGUUUAGUUUUCACUUCGUUUUUGGUUUUUCCAAAGUAUAGAAGCCUAAGAAAAUACAUAUAUGGAUGGCUCAAGCAUGAGAAUAGAUUAAACGUUUUAUUAAAGAUACCUGAUAUGAGUCCUUAUGCAUUGCAAUUUUUAUUGGAGGUGUAUCGUGAUUUAAUAGGUAAAGAUGAAGAUUUGAGUUCAAUAUUAAAAAUAUGCUAUACAGCGUCUGUCUCAAAUAUUCCUUCUUUACAAGUAAGUGGAUUAGAAUUGGUGAAAAAGAUUUUGGAUGUGUAUGAAGAUGUUGUGGAUCCUGAAGAUGAAUCGUCAUAUUUAUUGGAGCAAUAUACAGCGUUGAUUACAGGAGUUGUUAAUCCGUUGUUUAGUAGACCAAGUUAUCCAGAAGUUAUAUGUUGUGCCUUUGAUAUUUGUGCCGUGUCGUUAUCAAAUAGAGUAGUAAGUUAUUUGGUGGAUGGUUUACUAGAAGUUGCUGAAAAUAAACCUAUCCUUAAAAUUGGAGCUUCAGAAUUCCCUUUAAAUAAAAAACAACUCCAGGUGAAGCUUAGUAUAUUAAGAGCAUGGGCAAAUACCAAGGGCGAUUUUGUUAAAGAGUACCUCAAUGUGCUAGUACCAUUGUGGAUCAUAACAAUCCGUGAACAUUACUCUCCAGAGAUAGUCGAUUCCCUCUGUGCACAAGAUCCAUCAAUCAUCAAUAACUUUGACCUAGAAGGGUUUGUGUUUGUGAUGUUCGGAGAGAUACUGCCUUGA